CAUAAAUGCUCUUUGCUCUCUUACACACUCACAUUUCUUCCAAUUCUUCAAUUUUCACCUCGAACUUUAAAUGCUUCCAUAGUUCUUUCUUUCAAUGUACUGUUAUUUAUUGUUUGUUUUCUUCCCUCAAUGACACAAUAGUUUAUAAUGUCUCAGUGGAACUCAACUACAUAAAAGAGGCUUUUGCACACUUGAAGUUUUCUAUAUAUAUUAACACUUUCUUUUUCAUCUCUACCUUCUAAAUCACUGUGUUCCUCUACUUUCUAAACCAAAUAGUUUCAGGGGUGUCAUGGAGUUAUUAAGUAUCUGUGUGACCCUUCUGUGACAAGGCUUAAACCGGUUCUUGUUGCAUGCAUCGAAAGAGUUUAAAAAGCAAAGAGAAACUACCAAAAAGAUGGAAGAUUUUUGGAGCAUGAUUUGUGGGAAUUCUGUUUGUUCAAAGACUGUAGGAAAGCCUUUCUAUUAUGAUUUCAAGUUUUUGACAGAUCCUUCUGCAUGCAUCAACCAUUUAUUGAUCAUUUGCUUUGAUGUGUUACUGUUGAUCAUGCUGUCAUUCGCUAUGAUCCAGAAGUCUUUGUCAAGGCCAUGUCAUGGUCUAAUCCGAGUUGAAAGAUAUUCAAAUUUGCAGCUAUUUUCUUCCAUAGCCAGUGGUUCUCUUGGAUUGAUGCAUUUGUGCUUAGGCAUUUGGGUUUUAGAGGAGAAGUUAAGGAAAAACCAUACUACUUUUCCCAUUAAUUGGUGGUUGCUAGAACUCUUUCAGGGAUUCACAUGGUUGUUAGUAGGUUUAACUGUUAGUCUUCAGCUGAAACAACUCUCAAGGGUAUGGUUAUGGCUGUUCUCUAUACUUACAUUCUUCGUUUAUGGUAUUUUCUGUCUUCUUUCCAUGUCUUAUUCAAUUAGCAACAGAGAACUAUCCUUGAAGGUAGCUUUAGAUGUUCUAUGUUUUCCUGGAGCAUUUUUACUACUCUUAUGCACUUACAGAGUAUCUAAAUAUGAAGACACUAACAGAGAAACUAAUGAAGGCCUUUAUGCCCCUUUAAGUGACCAGUUCAAUGACGAUGAUCCUAAUAGGUGUGUGACUCCAUUUGCCAAUGCUGGAUUCUUUAGUAUGAUGUCCUUUUGGUGGUUGAAUCCACUUAUGAAAAAGGGUCAAGAGAAAACACUCGAGGAUGAGGAUAUCCCGAAGUUGCGGGAGUUAGAUCGAGCACAAAGUUGUUAUUUGUCGUUUGAAGAACAAUUGAACAAACAGAUAGAAAAAGACCCAUCAUCACAUGUAUCGAUUUUGUGGAUAAUAAUUUUGUGCCAUCGAAAAGAGAUUCUGAUAUCAGGACUCUUUGCAUUGCUUAAGGUACUGACUCUGUCUUCUGGUCCUCUACUUCUAAACGCCUUUAUAUUGAUUGCUGAGGGUAAUGAAAGUUUCAAAGAUGAGGGUUAUGUAUUGGUCUUAUCACUUUUCAUUAUAAAGAUCAUAGAGUCUUUAUCACAAAGGCAGUGGUAUUUCCGCAGUAGACUUGUUGGGAUGAAAGUUAGGUCACUGCUUACUGCAGCCAUUUAUAAAAAGUUGUUGAGGUUGUCCAAUGUUGCUAGAUUGACACACUCUAGUGGUGAGAUAAUGAAUUAUGUGACUGUGGAUGCUUAUAGAAUUGGAGAAUUCCCAUUUUGGUUCCACCAAACAUGGACAACAAGUGUCCAAAUAUGUAUUGCUUUAGUGGUACUUUUUCGUGCCAUUGGGAUCGCAACAAUCGCCUCGUUGGUGGUGAUUGUUCUCACUGUGCUAUGCAAUACUCCAAUAGCAAAGUUGCAACACAAGUUUCAGAGCGAACUUAUGGGGGCACAAGAUGAGAGAUUGAAGGCUAGUUCUGAGGCUCUUGUGAAUAUGAAAGUUCUUAAGCUAUAUGCUUGGGAAAACCAUUUUAAAAAAGCUAUAGAAAAGUUAAGAAAAGUGGAACUCAAAUUGUUGGCUGCAGUGCAACUAAGAAAGGCAUACAACAUAUUUAUCUUUUGGUCUUCGCCUGUUUUGGUCUCUGCUGCUUCCUUUGGGGUAUGUUACUUCCUGAAAAUUCCUUUGCAUGCAAAUAAUGUUUUCACUUUUGUGGCAACUUUACGGAUUGUGCAAGAGCCCAUUACAACCAUCCCAGAUGUAAUCGGGGUGGUCAUUCAAGCAAAGGUUGCAUUCACUCGGAUUAUUAAGUUCCUUGAGGCACCAGAACUACAAAGCGGAUAUUUUAGGAACAAGUGUUUUGUUAACAAUCUCAAAGACCCUAUUUUAAUCAAACAUGCCGAUUUUUCGUGGGAAGAUAGUGUGUCAAAGCCUACACUGAGGAACAUGAAUUUGGAGGUUAAACAUGGGCAAAAGGUGGCUAUUUGUGGAGAAGUUGGCUCAGGCAAAUCAACCCUCUUAUCAACAAUUCUUGGAGAAGUUCCUCUUAUAAAAGGAACGAUUGAAGUUUAUGGGAAGUUUGCUUAUGUUUCUCAAACAGCAUGGAUACAAACAGGUACCAUAAGGGAAAAUAUUUUGUUUGGAUCUGAUUUGGAUGCUGAAAGAUAUCAAGAAACACUCCAUAGAUCUUCACUAGUGAAGGACCUGAAGUUGUUUCCCUAUGGUGACCUAACCGAAAUAGGUGAGAGAGGAGUUAACCUAAGUGGAGGUCAGAAGCAGCGAAUUCAACUUGCACGUGCUCUUUAUCAGAAUGCUGAUGUAUAUCUCUUGGAUGAUCCAUUCAGUGCUGUUGAUGCACACACUGCCACAAAUUUGUUUAAUGAAUACAUCAUGGAAGGACUUAGAGAGAAAACUGUCUUACUCGUAACUCAUCAAGUUGACUUCCUCCCAGCAUUUGAUUUUGUUUUGCUAAUGUCAGAUGGGGAAAUCCUUGAAGCUGCUCCUUAUCAUCAUCUAUUGAGUUGGAGCAAAGAAUUCCAGAACCUCGUCAAUGCUCACAAGGAAACUGCUGGUUCUGACAACCUUAAGAAUGUUACAUCUUCCAAGAGACAUCCAACUUCUGCUGAAGAUAUUACACAAGCUUUCAUGAAGAAUCAGUUCCAUGAAGCACAUAGAAAUCAAUUAAUAAAGCAAGAAGAAAGAGAGACAGGAGACACAGGAUUCAAGCCUUACUUACAAUAUCUGAAUCAAUUGAAAUGCUAUGUGUACUUUUCUGUGGCUGCUCUUUGCCACCUUAUAUUUGUGAUUGGCCAGAUAUUGCAAAACUCGUGGUUGGCUACUAAUGUUGACAAUCCCCACGUCAGCAUGAUGCGAUUGAUUGUUGUUUACUUCUUGAUUGGAGUUAUUUCAAUACUUUUCAUGUUGAUCAGAAGUCUACUUCUUGUUUCUUUGGGUUUACAAUCAUCAAAGUAUCUUUUUUUACAGUUAAUGAACUCACUUUUUCGUGCACCAAUGUCAUUUUAUGACUCUACACCAUUGGGAAGGAUACUUAGUAGGGUCUCAUCAGAUCUAAGCAUUGUGGAUCUUGAUAUCCCUUUUAGCCUCACCUUUGUUGUGGGAGCUACCAUAAAUACUUAUUCAACUCUUACAGUUUUAGCAAUUGUCACUUGGCCAGUGUUGAUUAUCUCUACACCACUUGUUUAUAUUGCAAUUCGCUUGCAGAGGUACUACUUUGCCUCAGCUAAAGAAGUAAUGCGGAUGAACGGCACAACAAAAUCCUUCAUAGCUAAUCAUAUUGCUGAAAGUGUUGCUGGAGUAGUGACAAUAAGGGCUUUUGAGGAGGAAGAUCGUUUCUUUGCAAAGAAUCUUGAUUUAAUUGAUAUCAAUGCUAGUCCUUUCUUCCAUAGUUUUUCCUCAAAUGAGUGGUUGAUCCAACGUUUAGAAAUUGUAGCAGCAGUUGUUCUUGCCUCCGCGGCGCUUUGCAUGGUCUUGUUUCCACCUGGGACUUUCUCCUCUGGGUUUAUUGGCAUGGCUCUCUCUUAUGGCCUUACACUAAACUUUUCGUUAGUACUUUCAAUUCAAAGUCAAUGCACUCUUGCAAAUUAUAUAAUAUCUGUGGAGAGGCUAAAUCAAUAUAUGCACAUACAAAGUGAGGCCGCAGAAGUAAUAGAAGCAAAACGUCCUCCUUUGAAUUGGCCAAAUGAAGGUGAAGUAGAAAUAAAUGGCUUAAAGGUACGAUACAAGCUUGAUGGACCACUUAUACUCCAUGGAAUCACAUGCACAUUCAAAGCAGGCCACAAAACUGGAAUUGUUGGCAGGACAGGCAGUGGGAAAUCCACACUUAUAGGUGCUUUAUUUCGUCUUGUGGAGCCAGCUGGUGGAAAAAUUGUAGUUCAUGGCAUAGACAUCUCUUCUAUUGGCCUUCAUUAUUUGAGGUCACGUUUUGGUGUUAUACCUCAGGAUCCUACCCUUUUUAAUGGGUCAGUUAGAUACAAUCUGGACCCUCUAUCUCAACACUCUGAUCAAGAGAUAUGGGAGGUUCUCGGGAAGUGUCAGUUGCGAGAAGUUGUCCAAGAAAAAGAAGAGGGCCUAAACUCCUCAGUUGUUGAAGAUGGAUCAAACUGGAGCAUGGGACAAAGGCAACUAUUUUGUUUGGGGCGUGCUAUUUUGAGAAGUAGUAAGAUAUUGGUGCUGGAUGAAGCAACAGCAUCAAUUGAUAGCGCAACUGAUUUGAUUCUGCAGAAAACCAUUAGGACUGAAUUUGUUGAUUGUACUGUGAUCACAGUAGCACACAGAAUACCAACUGUGAUGGAUUGCACUAUGGUUCUUGCAAUCAGUGAUGGAAAAGUAGUCGAGUACGAUGAGCCAAAUGCCUUGAUGAAAAGAGAAGGAUCGUUGUUCAGACAACUUGUCCAAGAAUAUUGGUCUCAUUUUCAGUCUACAGAAUCACUUUGAUGCUCACUAAGUUGAUUUUAUUACCACCAGUGUUGUCUCUCUUUGGUAUUAGCAAAAUGUCAAGAAAGUGCGAUUAGAUGUAAAAUGGGUUUUGUUAGGAUAAAUUGUGAAUCUUGAGAGGUGGGAAUGAAAUAAGAAAAAGAAAAUAUGCAAUAGGAUUCAAACA